AUGGUUUCCUUUGAUGUCACGUCCAUUUUUACUUCCAGCCCGCAGCACCUGUCAGUCGUGACCAUCGAACUACUCCUACGAGAGGAAUGUGACGAAACGGAAAAUCGCCUCGGACAAGCCCAAAUCAUCCAGCUCCUAAAGUUCUGUCUCAAGACGCACUUUACUUUUGACGAAACUAUCUACAAGCAGGUGAAGGGAACGCAAAUGGGUUCGCCGAUUUCGGGAAUCAGAGCCGAGGUGGUCCUACAGCGGCUGAAGUCGCUGGUUUUCCGACACCACAGACCGAAAUUCUGGGCUCGGUAUGUAGAUGACACCUUCGUCGUCAUCGAACGGGAUCAGGUGCUGACUUUCAAAGAACAACUCAACGCCGUCUUCCCGGACAUUCAAUUUACGAUGGAAAAGGAGGAGGAAAACAAUCAGCUGGCCUUACUCGAUGUCCUCGUCUGCCGCAAAGAUUGA